AUGCCGUCUACUAUAAUCAAUGACGCUAGUCGGCUUCGACACUUGUGGACUCAGCUGGUGACUGAUAUAACACCGUCUCAUCUUCCCUCUGGUCUCUCUUCGCAAACGCAGACCAAGUCAACUGUUGGCCAACUCAAUAUAUCUAUGGAUUUCAAAUUAAUCCAGAAAUGUUGCAAACAUUGUGACAUCUCUCCUCUGGAGGUUAUCAAGGCCGCUUGGACUGCUGUUCUACACUCAUAUUCCGGGACUGACAAUGUCAUGUUUGCGGGAAUUUGUAUGAACCCAAGAUUGGCAAAGCAGUCUCAGACUGACAUGUCUGUUUUUUUGGCUCAUGUAGAGAAAGACAGAUCCACCGUCUCUGUCCUCGACACGAUUCAAGAGCAAGGCUCCCUACAAGCCAAGUCUAUGGUCUCCGUCUCCGAAGCAUUAGACAUUCUCUGCACAUUGGAACCCAAGCCGUGUAAUUCUGCCAUUUGGCUUAAUAAUUCACAGGAUAAGCUUCAGCUACCUUUGGCUGAAGUUGUGAAUGAAUGUAAUUUCGACUACGUCGUUCAGAUUGAUUCGUCAUUGUCCAAGUUGGACCUCAUCUACCACAAGCCUCAUGUCUCUGGUGCUCAAGCUGAAUAUAUUGCCACUACAUUCACCGAAUACCUCCAGAGCAUAUGCAUGGAUCCGCUUCAGCCGAUUUCCAACAUCUGUCACCCGAGUGAGCUGGACACAUUGCAGAUCGAAGCUUGGAAUCGUAUUGUCCCAUUGGAGAAAAAGUUCUGCAUUGAUAAAUUGAUUGAGGAGGUCGCUCAAAAGACUCCCGAUUCUCCUGCGCUCCUUGCAUGGGACGGAGAGAUGUCAUAUCGUGAGUUAAAUGAAGCCUCAAAUAAGCUAGCUGUAUAUCUCGAGUCCAUUGGUGUUCAGCGCGGUGAACUUGUCCCAAUCUGCUUUGAAAAGUCUAUAUGGACAGUCAUUACCAUGAUUGCACUAUGGAAGCUUGGCACUGCUUGGGUACCUCUGGAUCCGAAGCACCCUCGACAGCGACUAGAGACUAUCAUCAUAUUAUCAGAAGCCCGCACUGUGAUUACUUCGCCGUCAAACAAAGCUCUGUUAGAGGGACUCGCAUCACAAUUGAUUGUGCUUGAUCCCUUCCAGAUCCAAUCUGCUCAUGAGGUGAAAUUCACAUCUCGCUCACAAGCGAACGACAUCUCAUUUGUAAUGUUUACAUCUGGGUCCACAGGCAAGCCGAAGGGUGUUGUCCAUGACCAUGCUUCUGUCUCUUCUAGCGCAUUACAUCAUGCAGCUGCUAUGAACAUCUCAAAUAAUACUCGCGCCCUCCAAUUUGGUGCAUACACGUUUAUCAUCAGCACAUUCGAAAUAUUUACUACAUUAAUAUUUGGCGGAUGUCUUUGCAUUCCAUCAGAAUAUGACAGAUACACUGAUAUCCGUCCAGCCAUUCGCGCAUUCGAUGUUAAUUGGUGUAUCUUCACUCCAAGUUUCGUCCGCUCUCUUCACUAUGAGGAUAUUCCAUCCUUGAAAACUCUCCUCGUGGCUGGUGAAGCUGUGACGCAAGAUAUUAUUGAUGCAUGGGUGCCAGUGACUCAAUUAAUUAAUAUGUAUGGUGCGUCCGAAUGCAGCGUCGUGAUGGUUGAACCCAUGGCGAUCAAUACGCAUAGGAGUUGCAUUGGCAGAGCUACUGGUUGCAUCUCAUGGCUUGUUGAUGUUGAGGACCAUGACCGGCUGGUCCCCAUUGGCGCCAUCGGAGAGCUCGUCAUCGAAGGUCCUACAUUAGCUCGUGGAUACCUCUCAGAUUCCGAAAAAACCAAGGCCGCGUAUAUUGAGAACCCAAGAUGGGCCCGCCAGUCUGCUGCCUCCCGCCGCUUCUAUAAGACUGGUGAUCUGGCCCGCUACGGUGACGACGGCCGCGUUUACUUAGUCGGCCGCAAGGACCUACAGGUUAAGAUCCGCGGCCAGCGGGUUGAGCUGACCGAGAUUGAGGCUCAUAUGCGUACUAUCAACAAUCAAGUCAAGACUGCAGUCUCUAUAGUGCAUUCUGGAGGCAAGAAAAUUCUUGCAGCCUUUAUAUCCAGCCAAGGCGGAUUUGAUGCCGAGCUUCCUCAUGCGUUUUAUUCUGCUCCAGUUGAUAAGACAAAAAUCACGUCUUUGGCUGCCGAGAUGAGCCAGCAGCUCAGCCAACGGCUACCACCGUACAUGAUUCCAUCGGUCUUUAUUCCCUUGGCUUACAUGCCACUCACUGCAUCUGGAAAGACUGACCGCCGUCUCAUCGUCUCUUUUGGCGAUAGUCUCUCUCUCGUUGAACUUGCCGCUGUCGCCGGUAAUGGAAACGUUAGCAAAAGCCGCCUGCCGACCACAGAGACCGAGACAGCCCUGCGACAGAUGUGGGGUGAUAUCCUCCAUUACCCAGUGGAAGAUAUUGGCGUCGAAGACAAUUUCUUCCACCUUGGAGGUGAUUCCAUCGAGGCCAUGAAUUUGACUCGGCGUUGCCGGGCCGAAGGUUUCCAGCUUCAUGUUGGUGAGAUAUUGGAAAAUCUUGUUUUGAGUGACAUGGCGAAGGUUAUGGUGUCUGCUUGUGCCUCCAUUGCAUCUGCUGCUGUUCCAUUUGAGCUUAUUAGCAAGGAUCUUGAUGCUGUUCGCUCAACCUUGGUUUGCUUGACUGGUAUGUCCGACAACCUCAUUCAGGAUGCCUAUCCCUGCAGCCCUCUCCAGGUCGGUCUUAUGGCACUUUCUAAUAAGAUUCCCGGCUCUUAUAUUGCUCGUCACACUUUGGAGCUGCCUCAGAGCCUGACUGUCAACCGAUUCAAGGAAAUCUGGGGUUUGAUUGUUGCUAAUAACGACGUUCUUCGGACUACAAUGGUCGAGACAGAGGAAUACGGCAUUUUGCAGGUAGUCAACCGUGCUGGAAUCAUGUGGGUCCAUGGCUCAGACCUAAAUGACUAUAUUAAAUCUGACGAAAAGCUUCCAAUGCAAAUGGGCGACUCCCUCAUCCGCCAAUGCAUUAUUUCUGGGUCAACCACCAACACUUUCGUGUUAACGAUUCACCACUCCGUUUACGACGGAAUGUCAUUGGAGAUGAUUUUUAACGACCUUGUUGAGGCCGUUAAAAGUGGCGAAGCACCAGCGGCCCGUCCUCAAUUCAGAGACUUUUUGCAGCACACGAUUGAAAACAACAACAGCAAGGCCACUGCAGAUUACUGGCGCGCGGAGCUCUCUGAAGGGAAUAUGGCCACUUUCCCGGCCCUUCCAUCUGCGACUCAUCAGCCGCUUGCCAAUGAGUCGCUUGUUCACACCCUGCAGCUUGACCGCAAAGGCCCAUCUGAUUUCACGACGGCAACAAUCAUCCGUGCUGCCUGGUCAUUGGUUCAAGCUCGUUAUUGCGAUACUUCUGAGAUCGUAUUUGGCUACACUCUGAGCGGAAGAAAUGCCCCGAUCCCCGGUGUUGAGGACAUAGUCGGCCCUGUCAUUGCCACUGUACCUAUCAAGGCUCAGGUUGAUGGGGAACAGCCUGUCGCUGAGUGGCUUCAACAAAUUCACUCGCACUCAAUUGAGAUGGCUCCAGCCCAGAACUACGGCUUACAAAACAUUGCGCGUCUCACAGAGAGUUUGCUUGUCAUCCAGCCUGCCACCUCUGUCCCCAAGGACAGCAUUAUGCAGCCUUUUUCCGCUCCCAAAGCCAAUUUCAGCACUGUGGCCUUGACUAUCGAGUGUAGCUUGGCUGUCGAUGGCUCUGUUGAAAUCCAUGUUCAUUUUGACAAUGUGGUUAUAUCGCGUCCUGAAGUAGUGCGCAUUGUGGCGCAGUUUGAGCAUGUCCUGCAGCAGCUCGCUUCGCUGCCCACCGGAAAGCUAUCUGAAAUCGAGAUUAUCAGCCCUCAGGAUAAGGGGGACCUGCUUCAGUGGAACCGAUCCGUACCUGACACCGUCAAUGAUUGUAUUCACAAUCUCAUCGCAAAGAACAUUUUAUCGGAGCCUGAAGCCCAAGCUAUUUGUGCUUGGGAUGGAAACGCGACAUAUAGCGAGCUAGACUAUCUGUCAUCCAAGUUGGCCGGGCAAUUGAUUGAACUCGGCGUUGGUCUCGAUGUCUAUGUUCCGCUCUGCUUCGAGAAAUCAAUGUGGACCAUUGUUGCGAUGAUCGGAACACUAAAAGCGGGCGGCGCCUUUGUGGCUAUGGACGCUUCCCAGCCCCUAAGCCGUAUGAAGAUGAUGGCUAGGGAAGUUAAUGCCCGCGUUAUGCUCUGUUCAGAAGAACAGCGUAACAAUUGCUAUGAGAUAGUCAAGGACGUCAUUGUGGUUGGUCCUAAAUUGACCAAAAUCAAUACUCUCUCGCCGCCUCCUACUCCAGUCACCAGCGCAAAUCCUGCAUACGUGAUUUUCACAUCAGGAUCCACUGGAACUCCCAAAGGUUCCGUUAUUGAGCACCGGGCCUUCUGCACUGCUGCCAUCUCUCACAAGGAGGGGUUGCAGAUGGGUCAUCGCGUCCUACAGUUUGCUUCAUACACUUUUGAUGCCAGUAUCCUUGAAAUUCUAUCCACACUGGUGCAUGGUGGCUGUGUCUGUGUACCCUCAGAAUCUGAGCGCCGCGGAAAUAUUGCUGAGGCUAUGACUCGCAUGAAUGUCUCCUGGGCAGUACUUACUCCGUCAUUUGUCAACACCAUUGACCCUAGUACAGUCCCAACACUCAAGACGCUAGCUCUCGCCGGCGAGGCUAUGAGUGCAGCUCACGUGGCCGCAUGGACCCCUUAUGUCCAGUUGGUCAAUGGAUACGGGCCAUCAGAGUGCUGUGUCUGCACUACAUCGAACCGGAGUGUUUUACCUGGUACAAUGCCUAACAACAUUGGUACUGCCGUGGGCUCCGCUAGCUGGGUGGUUGACCGCGAGGACCAUAACAAGCUCGCUCCGAUAGGUACCAUUGGUGAAUUGCUUGUUGAGGGCAACAUUCUGGCGCGACAAUACCUCAACAACCAAGAAAAGACCAACGCUGCUUUUAUCCAGCGACCUUCGUGGCUUUCAUUCAAUCGUUGUAACCGUUUGUAUAAAACUGGUGACCUGGUCAAGUACGCCCAAGACGGCUCUCUUCUGUUCAUUGGCCGCAAGGACACACAGGUUAAGAUUCGUGGGCAAAGAGUUGAAUUAGGUGAGAUUGAAUAUCACCUCACCUUGCCAACUGAGGUAUCUCAAGCUGUUGUCUCCUACCCCAAGAGCGGUCUCUAUGCCCACAAGCUUGUUGGUAUUCUCGGGCUUUCAUCCACGGCAGGUGAAGAGCUGACUGCUGUGCCCAGCGAUGAAUAUGCGCGGUCAGGCUUCCAGUUGUGGGACCUCAGUCAGAGCCUCUCAAAGGUCUUACCUGCUCACAUGGUCCCUACGAUUUGGAUCGUGGUGCGCAAGAUUCCCAGCUCUUCCUCCACCAAGAUCGACCGAAAGGUGGUGGACCAGUGGCUGGCAAAGCUUCCUUCUGAAUUUAAGCCCACUCUGGCUAUCAAAUAUGGAGGUCCAGUCACUUCCACUCUCCGGGCCGACGAGACAAAUGCUAUUGCCAUUAGCAAGAAGAUCAACAGCUUACUUAGGCGAGAAGACACCACAUUAGAGGGCCAUGACUUUAAUCUAUCUUCCAUGGGUAUUGAUUCUGUCCAAGUCAUCAGCUUGGUCAACUUCAUCAAACAGACCUAUGGGGUCAAGGUGGAUGUGGUGCGCGUUCUUGAUGGUGAGAUGACCGUUCGGGGCUUAGCUGCCUGGAUUGAAACAGAACUCUCCGGCUCAGUCCAAGGAAAACAGCCCGCCUUUGACGCAUUGAAGGAGGCCGCAGCUUUGGUGAAGGAAAUUGUUAAAAAUCAACAGGACCAAAAAACUGUCUUCGUGACUGGUGCGACCGGCUUCCUCGGCACACAAAUUUUACGCCAACUAUGCAACCGCCCGGAUGUUGGCCGUGUUAUUGCUCACGUUCGCGCUGAUAGUCCAUCUGACGCCUUCAAUCGAGUAAAGGAUGCCGCUAUACGUGCACAGUGGUGGUCUGACGAUUAUCUGACGAAGUUGGAAGUAUGGUCUGGUAAUUUGGGCUUGCCUCAGCUGGGUCUGAAGCCGAAACAGUGGGCUUCUCUAAGCGGUGAGAGCCCCAACGAAGGCCUAGUCCAUGCCAUUAUCCACGCGGGUGCAGCCGUCAACUGGAAUGCAGGUACCGAGAUCUUGUGGGCAGCAAAUGUUGACUCCACGGCCGAGUUAAUCAAGGCAGCCAUAAAUUCUCCCGCUCGCCCUCGUAUGUCAUACGUCUCUGGUGGUUCCCGCUGGCGCAUCGGGGAGAGUGACGAGGAUCUUGCACGUGAGAUCGCGCAUGCCAACGGGUACGCUCAGACCAAGUACCUCUCCGAGCUUCUGAUCAAACAAUUUGCUGUUUCGCACCCUAGUCAGUUCGCGCUUGUCAAGCCUGGACUCAUCCUUGGAACACCCGAGGAAGGUGUAGCCAACACUGAUGACUUUGUCUGGCGAUUGGCAUCUGGUGUAGUGGACGUACAGUCAUUUAGCGAUGACUAUGGCAGCUCGUGGAUGUAUGUCACCAGCAGCACUCGUGUGGCUGAAGAGAUUAUCCAGCAAGUUUUCUGUUCAGUGGAUUCAAUGAAGACAGUGACUUAUAUGACGGAGGGUAUCACCGAGCAUGAAUUCUGGGAAAUUUUCCACAGUGAGCUAAAGUAUCCGCUCCGCAAGGUAGACCAUGAUACCUGGUUGGAGACAAUGAGAAGCUCAAUCCAGAAAGAGGCCAACUCGCAUCCUCUCUGGCCCGUUUCGCAAGUCUUUGACACAUUACAAGGACGUCUAGGUGGUGAGCCUCUCCAGGACGCCGGAAUGGUGACUCCAUCACAAAAACAGCACGUCAAGGCAACAAUCCGGAAAAAUAUUCAGUUCCUCGUCGAGGCAGGCUUUAUUGCCAACCCGAGUGGCAAAAAAAUGGAGUAUAGGGCCGACAGAGUGUUCCAGAGAUCCGGCAAUGUGUGGAAAAAUGCGAAGCGAAUGAAAGGGUUGAAGAAAUGA